CCUCUCUCUCGCUGAUGCGUCUGUUGAUUUGCUGCGUCUCCCCUCUCCGUGAUUUUACCUUUCGAAACAAGGCUUUGAAAAUGAAAAGCAGCAGCCCUGUCCGGGUCUGACAAAAAGCCGUGUGACUCAGCCUUAUUCUCCGAAACCUCCAGUCUCUAAAGGAUUUUCAUCCUCCUCCUCCUCCUUCCAUUCUCUCUCUCCCUCCCUCUCUUCUCUUCUUUUCCCCUCCCUCGCUCGUUCGCAAGCCCCGGAGAACAUGUCCUCGACGCUCUAUCAACAGCGGACUUCACUACCGGAUUUGAAUAGGGUGGGUCCUUACGGCGUCCAGCAGAGAGAGAUGAUGAAGAAGCUGGAGAAGAAAGAGGAGAGAGAAAGAGAGGAAGGCGUUGGUAUCUCCUCUGCUAAUUCCAAGACGCCGAUGCAGUCGCCUCCUCCUCCUUCGUUGCCCUCAAGAAGCUCCACCAACAUGGCCCCCACCCCCACGCCUUCGUGGCUCCUCUCUUCCAUUGCAGAUCUAGAUGAAAAACUGAAAGCCGCACUGGGGAACCCGGAUGAGGAUGGAGGUGGCGAUACACUCGCCAAACGCGCCGAAUCCUACUACCAGAAGCGCCCUCAGCUCAUCGCUUUGCUUCAGGAUCUGUACAAGUCCUAUCUCUACCUAUCCGAUCGUUACAUCCAAGCCCUCUCCAAAAGCAAGAAUCACACUCACACCCGACAGUCCUCACAUGUCUCCAGUCUAACCGACCACGACUACUCUGAGCACGACAAGGAAGAGGACUGCUGGACGAUCCAGAUCGAUUCCUCGGAUGCUGAGAGCUCGCUCUCGUACCAGAAUCCCCUUCCUCUCGCCAAUCUUGGCAAUGUAGGGAGUCUCGACGCCUUUAUAGCCGACCUUGUGAUCAAGAAUGUGGAGUGUGACAUCCUCCUGAAUGAGGUCUCCAUCUCCGAGCAACAAUGCACCGACUCGUCGAGGAAGAUUGAGCUGCAGAAGAGCCUUCUUGAGGUCCUAGAGUCUGAGAGGAUGAUAUUGCUCCAUGAAAAUGCGAGGUUGGGGUACAGAGUGAGUGCGCUGGUGGAGGAGAACCGGGAGCUGGCUUCGGAGUCGGUGUUUAUCAAAAGGAAGGCAGGUGAGUUGGCCCGGUGCAUGAUGAAGAUGAGGGAGGACCAGAGGGUGUUGCUGCUGAGCCGCAAGAUUGAGGACCUUCAGGGGCAGAUUUACGGGUUGGAGAAGCGGAACAAGGAGUACUAUGAGCAGCUCGCAAACAGGGAUCAAGAGGAUGACAAGCUCGAUGCUAAGAAGACGAAUGACAGCCGAGUAACUUUGGAGUCUUGCCUUCCAAUAGGGAAGCUCAAGUUGAGGAAGAAUGGCGACGAGAAUGUUAAGGGCGAUGGUGGGAAGAGGGCGGCCAAGUGGUGGGAGAGGGUGAAGAACAUGGACAUAUUCAUGUGUGGGAUGCAGACAGAUAUUAGCUGAAGUUACUGCAGUCCUUUUGGAAUCUCUUCAGCUUAAGUAAAAGAUGGACCAUAGCAUUAUCAAAAGUUCUAGACUUGCCCGCAGUGAUGUGUUGCUCUUCCUUUUUGUAGAUUGUCUGGAUAGCAGAAACAUCUCGUUUAUAUGUCUCCUCGUAUAGUGUCGAGACUCGGUGGGGAGGACAUCGAGGUUGUCGAAAGUUGUUGAACUUGUGCAAAAGACCAUAUUCAAGAUGUUUAAUGUAUCUCAGUGUAAUAUGAGUAGUAGUUUUGAGGAA